UAUUCUUUAUCUAUGUUACUCUAUGCUCUCUUUCUUUGCAUUGGUUUUGUUUUGCUAGUUCAGUUAGUUGCUUCAUAUGUAGCUUUUCCUGUGGUAUCAUUAUUAUAAAAAAUGUUAAUGUUUCUUUACUCUCUGCCACAGUCAGAGAUGAGUGGAGACAUGGGGCAAAAUGUGCCUGAAAUGAAAAUAUAUUAUUAAUGUUUAUUUAUUCAUUUCUGUGAAUUUCCCAACUGCUAACUUUUUCUAAUUCUAAACUUUGCAUUUAAGCUUUUGUUAAUUCAGAAACACUUGUCUAGCACAUUCCAGAUCAUCACACUUGUUGUACUGUAUGAUAAACUGUGUAAAGGGUUAGUUUACUGAAGAGAUGACAAAUAAGUUAGCAUCAACAUAAGCAAUAAAAUAUGAAAACUUGCCUACAGAGCAGGGGUAGUUUUUGGUGCUAGCUCAACAAACUGCUCGGCAGAUAAUCAACCAUUUCAUCAAUGGCCCCGUCUAUUAAUAGUUCAGCUUUAUUUUCACUUCAGUGUAUUUCAAAUCCAUGAAUAUAUAUUUCAUGAAAAAACUAUAGUAUCCCAGAACUAGAUUUAUAUCGUAUGCUACUACGUUUUAUUUUAAACUGGCAGUUGUUUACAUAUCUCUUUAAAACCAAGACUUGUGACUUGUUCAAUAAUCCAAAUUUGGAUCUUGGGCAAUAUCUAUGGAGAACAGCUCCAAACUAAGCAUUUAUUUUACAUAAGACUGUGAAAAUACAGCAGCUCUAUGACCAAUUAGGGCUUUAUUAUCACUGGAGCAUCUUAAAACAACGACACAAUGAAAACAUGUUGCUUCAAGUGAUCAAAGCUAACGUUAGCUACAAUUCAUUAAUUACAAAUCAUCUAAUUAGUAAAGUAUUUUUAACCAUGUCCCACUACUAGUUACGGUAAAUUGUGAGAAACACAGGCACGGGUGUUUACUGAGUAUAGCCCAGGACGCUAACUAGGCUAAGACCGCCAUUGCGAACAAGGACUAGUUUAGUGCUAUUUAACAUACCCAAUUAUAAUACAAACAAACGAAAUAAGCUUUAAGUCUUGUCCUUUUUGCUAAACAUUUGCGCGAUUAUGGAUACUUUUUUAAAAAUAAAAGUAUAUAUAUAUAUAUAAUAUCUCUAUAAUCAUCUUUACUAAUAACAUAAAUUAUUAGUAGAGAUUUCAUCGAGUGUCCAUCGCCGCUAGCUCUCUUGUUCUGAGACCCGUGUCCGGGCAGACGACUGCCUGUGUCCGGGUCAUAACAGGGAGAGGGCGGGGUGUGACUUCCAGACAACUGUCGGCUCCAGUCCCUGAGCUCAGAGCUCAUUAGAAAGAUGAGGAGCUGCUGUCUGCGUCUGAGAGGGAGAAGAUGACGAAGAAGAAAAACUUUUAAUAACGGUCUCUGUUAAACGCGGAGGAUGGAAGAGUCCUCACAAAAGAAGCGAAUGUGCGUUAAUGUGAGCUGAACCUCGGAGAAAAAACUCACGACAUCCCUCGUGGAGCGAUCACCUUCUUCAGGUCUCCUCCUGCUGCCCAACACAGUGGGUCGAUGGUUUGAAGAUGAUCAACCCUCGGAUUUACCUCCACUACAACCACACAGGAAAACUAGAGCACAGGCCAAAUGUGGGCACAGACCCAGGCACUGUGGACACCAAAACCAUCAUCUUCCUCAUCGUGUGCAGCUUCAUCGUCUUGGAGAACCUCACGGUUCUAGUGGCCAUAUGGAGGAACCACAGGUUCCACAACCGCAUGUACUAUUUCAUUGGCAACCUGGCACUGUGCGACAUGCUGGCUGGAGUGGCUUACCUGGUCAACCUGCUGCUGUCAGGAGAGAAGACCCUGCAGCUCUCUCCUGCUCUGUGGUUCGUCAGAGAGGGGAGCAUGUUCGUGGCACUUGGAGCCUCCAUUUUUAGUCUUCUGGCCAUCGCUAUAGAGAGACACCUGACCAUGAUUAAAAUGAGGCCCUACGAUGCCACUAAGAACUACAGAGUCUUUCUGCUCAUAGGGACCUGCUGGCUUAUCGCCAUAUCUCUUGGAGCUUUGCCGAUUCUUGGCUGGAACUGCUUGGACAACCUCCCUGACUGUUCCACUGUCCUCCCUCUCUACACCAAAAAAUAUGUAGCUUUCUACAUCACAGUUUUCACCAUCUUGCUCUUAGCCAUGUCUAUCCUCUACGCGCGCAUCUACUUCCUGGUGAAGUCCAGCAGCCGAAAGGUGAGCAAGCACAGCAACUCGGAGCACGCCAUGUCUCUCCUGCGCACUGUCAUCAUUGUAGUUGGGGUCUUCAUCGCCUGCUGGACUCCCAUCUUUUCCCUGCUCCUGGUGGACGUGGUUUGUGUGAAACGCUGCCCCAUUCUCUACAAAGCCGACUGGUUCAUCGCGGUGGCUGUGCUCAACUCAGCCAUGAACCCCAUCAUUUACACCUUGGCCAGCAGAGAGAUGAGACGAGCCUUUCUGGGUCUGGCAUGUGGUGCCUGCUACAGGAGGAAGGUCUCUAUCAGCGGGAACAGACAGUCACUGGAGCCCAGCCGCAGCAGGAGCAAGUCGUGGAGCAGCCAGAACAACCAGAACCAGCAGAGCUUCAGGCAGAAAGAGCCGGAGAGGGAGCAGGAGAUGGACACGCCCACCGGUGAGGUGUCAGUGGUGGUAGGGGGCGCCACUCAGACUGUGCCAGAGAGGGCAGUGAUUUAAUGGAAGAGGUGUGUUCUUUAUAAGUCAUCACAUCAUGGUCUGAACGUUGGUCAAGUGGCGAAGACAAAUGGGUCUCAGUGAGAAUUGAUUGAUGAGGUGUGGACUUCAGGACCAAAGCUGCAGGCAGCAGUUUGUUCUUUAAGCUUAAACUUGAUGAUAUACUGGAUCUACCUAUUCUUAUGCUGCGUUCGGUAUCAGAUUGACACAUGAAGAGUUUGUGUUCAGUGUCACGAACACAUCAAACAUUUAUAGGACUGUGUCUUGUCCAUUGUAGACAUAAAAAAUAUAUAAAGGUCUAACAUGUUAUCUCUUACUACAGCAAAUGUAGGGCUCUACACAUUGAGUUGUAGGGCCUUUUAGAUUUGUUCUCACUACCUGCAACUUUAAAGAAUUCUAGAGAGCCUCUCCCAAUUCUCUGGAUUAUGGGACCCCCAUGUUUGAACCAGUUAACCAAGGGCUCUAAAUAUGAUGUUUCUAAUUAUUAGAUUCUAAUAACGUUAAGUUCACUGGACUGCGAUUCAUCCUUGUAUGAAUGAAUAAAUAUAGCAAUUACUACUUUUUUUUAAAGCAAGACUAGACAACCAAAGUUUUUUUAAAUCCCUGCUGGCAGGCUUGGGUACUGCAUCUAAAAUUUAGACCUUGUUGAGGACAUCCAUCUUCAUUUCAUUGUCCAUGUUGAAACCCCUUACAUGCUGCUCUGUUUCUCUUUUAUCAUAUUUAACCAUGUGACCUUAACUGUGUGUGCCCCCUGCUGGAGCAUUUAGAACUUGCAUUCUACUAAACAGCCGUUUGGCUCAAAUGUAAACUCCUAUUGUCAAUUGAGAUAUAUUUACUUCUGUUGCAAAGUGAGAGCCCUACUUAUUUAUCUUCCUGUUUUUUUUACAGCAGACAUACAAAACAUAUGUCUCUUUGAUUUGAAUUUGAAAACACAAAACAUAACAUAGCUCCAAAUCUUUUAAGUUAGUAAGUUAAUUGGGAUUUUGCUGAGCAAAUGAUAAUGAAAAUGUGUAUAUGAAUGGUGCUUUUACUUUGACAAAAAAAUACCUCUCUUCCUUUUGUGCAAUUAUAGUGCUGUAAAAACAAUGUCAUGAAGAAUGUUUGUACAGACAUUGUAGCGACUAUCAAAUGAAGGAAAUUUCGAAUGUUUCCAAUACUAUAAAACACUGCAGUUACCUUCUAAAAAUGAUAUUUUCCAAUUGUCUGACACCUCUUUGCUGCCAUUUUCAUUAUAUAUUAGUCCACUACCAGCCACUUAGAGCAAAGUUUUAAUGACCAUUUAAAAUGACUAUGUAGACCCUUAACUAAGGAUUGACCAGAAACUAAACAGACAGUAAUCGGUGAUGAGACUAAAGUAAUUAACGUGAUCUGCCUUUAAAAAACCCACAUAGCUGUGUUUUUGUUUUUAUCAAACUAUGCGAGAAAACAAUGGAGCUAUGGCUUAAUUACAUUUAGAGCGCCCUCUGCUGGAGGAUACCGUUUGUACUGUGAUCCUACUCGGGAAUAUCGUUGAAUACUCAAGAUUGUUGUUUAGAUAACAGCCAUUACAUCACAUACACCAUCACAUGCGAAAUCAGGUUUUGGUCUUGCCAUCCUAAUAUUAUUCUGUUGGCUUUUGGGGAUUCUUUAAAAAAAAGUUUCAGGUCAGACUAUGUUGUAUAUGUCAUCCUGUAAGAGUUGUUUUUGCUUUGUGUCCUAGUUAUAAAGAUUUUUUUCUUUACCUUUGGUUAUAUUAAAGACAUUAGCAGAUAAUUUUGGUUUUGGUCAUUACAGCACUACUAAAGGACGCCGUUGCCUGAAAGUUUAUUUCCACAGCAGCAUUUAUUUGUAUUGUGUAGACUCAGAACCGAUGCAGUAAACGCCGCUUUUAGCAGUAUUAGGGCUCCAUCUGCUGGUCAAAGAUGGCAGUCACCGUUACUGACCCUUUUCUUAUUAUGAGACAGUUUCACCGCAGAAAGCAAAAUAUGCUUUAAAUUAAACUCUGUGCCUGGUGAUUGUAUUAGACACAUUGUUUGGUCUCUGUUUUAGAAGCAUGGGAAUGUUGAACAGAAUGUUAGAAGCAUGUGGAUGCUGCAUGUGGUAAUGGUUAAAUAAUGGUUUUCAACUGAUUAUAUGACGAGGACGUAUUGACAUGUUAGGAUAGAUAGUCAGGAAAUAAGAAAUAUCAUUCAAAUAUUAUUCACAAUGUUGACUUGAUGUGGCUGAUAGAGGGUGUAUUUUUCCGCUUGCCUGUUGAAUUUCCAUAAAUCUUUAAAAGGAGAGGUGAUCGUAGUAUAUACGACAUGGGGCAUCGCCAUCAGGUGAAGUUCAUACGAGUGUGGACGUAACUUGGUAUGAAUUGAAGUAUGAAACAAUUGUAAACCAAUAAAUCGUUUUCUGUAGUAUAUCAACCACUGGUUUCAAGUAUUCUUCAAUGGAGCGCUUAAUAGAAAAGAAAAACAUGACCGAGACGGUGUUUUUUUUUUUGGUACGCGUAUUUUUAUAUACGAUCUCUUAAUAAACCGAAUGUUCGUCCACCGAAAACUUUGGGCCGAAAAUGCCAUUUUAGGCCAUUUACAGCCCAGAUGUUUAUUACCAAAACAACAGAGCCGGAAUAUGGAUUAAUAUUAGGAAUAAAGCAGCGUGCACGAUGGAUGCGGAGAGCCCGCUUGGAGACGGAAAAGUGCACAUCACCGGAAAUGAACGUUUCAAAGUAAAAGAAACUAAAUUGUUUUACUCGUCUAAUUCGUACAAUGCCAGGAAAUCGAUGUUUGUAUUGUAGUCGACAGACCGUUGGUUGUCACAGACCAUUUCAUUGAAAUUCUACACAUUGAGUUUUAUUGACAACAGACCUACAAAACUAUGAUAAUAAUAUUCAACCCAUACAACUAAAGAUUAACUCCGUAAACAUCAUUUUGGAAUUCUUUCUCUGUUUUUAUUUGUUUUAUUUUUAUUCAUGUGUAACUUGUUCCAAAAUAGUGAUUUUCUGUGUGAUUCUCUCUGACAAAGUUUUUUUUAGUUUUUUUUUUUUACUCAGAAUCUGGAAAUAAAACAUUUAUAAUAUAUAACAGAGAGGCAGGGAGAUAAAGAGACAGAGUGAAAACAGUAGUCUCAAGCAGCAACACUCAGCAGGGCGAAACACAACCUCUAGUGAACGGGCAUGCCCCAUCGAAGAUCAGCUAUUGCACUUUGAAGAGAGAGAAAGAGAAAUGAAAUCACUAGUAAUACAAAUAAAAGGCACAUUUCCAUCAACAAAAACCUAAAAAGAAGCUUCGUUCUGUUCUCGACGUCUCCUUCGGUUUGGUUUCUAAAAAUGUCUAUGUCACAGAAUCAUUGGAGAAAACAUCAUGGCGUCUAUAAUGCAUCUGUCCUGUCCUCAACUGAAGAGAAUGUCCACCUUUGAACUCGUGUUGUAUUAAAUCACAAAAUAUAAAGUAAAAACCUGUCAAAUAAACUGCAUGAAUACUUUUUUUGCACCCUUUCUUUCACACUACUUCACAGAAAUACCGAUACGUCACUCUUUGUCUUCCGAAAACUGCAAUCCUAAACCCUUAUCCAACGUGGUACACACUCCCUCUUGCGGCAGGACAGAAAACUUACUUACGCUUCUUGAACACAUACUGAUUUGGGUUCAGCAAGAGGUUCACAUUGUAUGUGAAAUACACUGCAAUGCCCCGUACAUUUGGUGACUAAUAGUAAAACAAAGAGCGGGAAUAUCUGAUCCCAGAACAGUUUCUCUAGGAACCUCCCUCUGUCGAACCUUUGAUUCCCACGCUACAAAAUCAGUUUUAUACCGAAAGCUACCACAGACUGACUAUGAUAAGAUCGAGUAAUUUAAAUUUGACCUGUAAAGUUAUGCAAUCUUUUUUUAAAUUAGAUGACUCAUCGCCAAAAUGCUUAUUUUAACCCAAUAAUUACAAAAGUAAGCGGAAGUGACUGACUGGGGUAAAUGAGUGUUCCCAUGAUGACACCUAGUGGUUAAAAUGAAGCAUUGCCGCACGGAGGAAUAACGUCACUAAUACUGAACAUUUUGCAUUAAGUGCACGUUAACACGCAACAUUUGCCUGAUUAAGCCUAAUAAGUACACAGUAUGAAUGACAUCCUAACACCGCGGUAAAACGGUUCUCCCGAUUCAGUGAUCGAACUUUGUGAUUGUGCUACUCAUCCUCAUACAAGGUGUCAAUCCAAAAACAAAUAAAAGUACAACAUUAAAGGUACUAUAUGUAUACUCUAUCACUGUAUUUGGUUGGUUUCUGUCUUACCUACUAACUCACAACUUUUUUUGCUGCUUUUGGCUUUUAGCUAUUUCUAUGCUAACGUUCAGAGCUAAUUUUAUCCAAUUUUGGCCCACUUCUUUUUUUUGACUAGCCUUUAGAUGUGUUCCAGAAGUUUCCACGUGUAUUUCACAAGCUGUUUCUUCCUUCAAACAAUGCCUUAAACCAGAAUUUAAUAUAUAUGAUAUGUGCUUAAAUAACCCUCAUAAAUACAAUUAAACUCAACAAAGGCAGAGACAACAUAUCCCACUAUCUUUCCUUAGCACACUAACUAUUGUUAAGGUUAAGGUUACAACAAAGGUUUAGCUAACAGCAGAAGUAUUAAGCAGAACCAAGCAAAACUUGUAAACAUAAAUUAUUUUUAAAAUAUAGCCAAAAAUCUACCAAAAGAAUGAUUUAUACCUCAAAAUGUCUCCUAAAUAAUAAUAUUAACCAGAUUGUAAUCAUAGACACACCUUUUUGAUUUUGCCAUGUCAAAUCCAAAAUGGUGUAAAAGAUUAAGUGAUUGCUAAAUUGAAGUCUUGAUUUCCUGAAACCUAGCCAAAAAAGAUAAAAUUGCAAAAAAAGCUAAAAAGUUACCCGCGGAUAAUAACAGAAAGGAGUGACAUUUUGUCUAAGUCGCUGAAAAUUACAAAAAAAACAAAAACAAAAAAAAAACAUGAAAUUUUAAAUAAUUAAAAUAAAAAAGCACUGAGCUAGCAAGUAUAGCUUUAGGGGCUAAUAGGUCAGGCUAACAUCUACAAAUGAGCUAAAAGACAAAUUAUGCCAGCCAAAAUGUUAGAACAAAUAUUUAAGAUAGUAAGUACUAACUACUAGGGAAAUGAUCCCGGGACGUCCCAGACAAAAAAGAAAAAAAAAAAGGAAACGAUCAAACCAUUGUACCAAAAAUUAUACAUAUAGUACCUUUUAAAAGUAAACAAAAAAGAAAAUAUUGAUACAUAAUGUAAGAAUAUCUAUAUUGUAACUCAGAUGUAAAAAA